ACGAUCUACCAACAUGGUUCACAACCGUAGUCUGGUUUUGCUCCUGGCCAUAGCCAUGGCUGCCUUUAUGGGAGGCUCCCAGGGUGCAAACAUCCUGGGUCUCUUUCCGAGCCUGAGUCCUUCGCACUUGAUCAUCCAAAUGUCGGCGGCUAAAGUUCUGGCGGAGAAGGGCCAUAAUGUGACUGUGGUCACAGUGCUGAAGCCAGUCGUUAACCACAAGAAUAUAAACGUGAUCCAGGUGCCCCUCACCAAGGAGGAGUCCCAGCUGAUGAGCGACACAAUUGGAAAGAUGUCGAAGAACGACAACAGCAACAUGGCUGUAUCCCUCAUUCGCAUGACGGGGCAGAUGGAUUUCAUGUUCAGAAAGAAUGCAGAGACCCUGAUGGACGAUCGAGUUAGGGAUCUGUACUUGAACAGGGACAACAAAUUCGACCUGGUUCUCUCUGGAUUCUUCAUGAACGAUUUCCAACUGGGAUUCGCAAGGAAGGUUAAUGCACCUGUCAUCGUCGUGGCCACAAUGCCGCCCAAUCAAAUGUUGAACCCACUUAUUGGCAAUCCCCUGGAGAUCUCCUACGCGGGAAGCAACGAUGUGGAGCAGGGCAAAGGAGCAACCUUCAAGCAGCGAUUGACCAGCUACAUUACAAGCUACGCCUUCGGGAUCUUUACUUAUCUCUCGGAAAAGCGUAACAGGGAAUUGUACAAGAUGGUUUUCGGUGACGAUCCCUCCAUGCCAGAGUACUCAGAAAUGCUAAGAAACACAUCGAUGGUGUUCUUUGCCAACCAUGCGGCCAGCGAAGGACCCAUCCGACCCAAUGUUCCUGCAGCGAUAGAGAUUGGCGGUAUUCAAGUUAAGGACAAGCCGGAUCCCCUGCCCCAAAAUAUUGCUGAUUUCCUGGGCAAUGCCACUGAUGGAGCCAUUCUUCUGACGCUGGGCUCUAAUGUCAAGGGAAGCCACAUCAAACCAGACACGGUUGUCAAGAUGUUCAACGUCCUCUCGAAACUGAAGCAAAGGGUCAUCUGGAAGUGGGAGGAUCUGGAGAAGACCCCCGGCAAGUCGGACAACAUUCUCUACUCCAAGUGGCUGCCUCAGGACGACAUUCUAGCACACCCCAAAAUCAAGCUGUUCAUCAAUCACGCCGGAAAAGGUGGCAUAACUGAGGCGCAGUAUCAUGGAAAACCCAUGCUCUCGUUGCCCGUCUUUGGAGAUCAGCCCGGUAAUGCGGAGGAUAUGGUCAGAAGUGGUUUUGGCCUCACUCUUAGUCUGCUAACCUUGGAGGAGCAGCCUUUCCAGGAGGCGAUCCUUGAGAUCCUGUCGAACCCACAGUAUGCUCAAAAGGUGGCCUCGUUCUCCUCCCUCUACCGCGAUCGCCCCAUGACCGCCAGGGAGUCAGUGGUCUACUGGACGGAGUACGUGAUCCGUCACCAUGGAGCUGCCCAUCUUCAGAGUCCUUUGGUCCACAUGAACUUCGUAGCCGCCCAUAAUAUCGACAUAUACGUCCUGUUUGCCCUUGUAUUAGUGUCUUCGAUACUGCUUUUUAAGGCUGUAGUCAAAUUUAUUUACAGGAGAUUUUCAUCGAGGUCAAAGAAGGAAAAACUUCACUAAAAGUUUUCAAGACUUAAGAUUAUGGGACCUUUUAAGGCAAAUACUCUGCUAAAAAUUAAUUAAGAAUAAAUUAAAAUAAAC